AUGACGCACUUUUCCCGAGAGGAAGAACCGCCCGAGUGCAGCCUGUUCAGCGUGCCAUUGAUCGCUGCAGGGGCUGCAUCUGACGCCCUCUGUUGCCAGGGCCCGAGGAGAGAUUUCGCCGCGGAAAUGGACUUCCGGAUGGCCAACGCUGCGAGAAUGUAUCCUGCAGGCUACGCCUUUGUACCUUCUUACGUUGGUGGAUACAGGAGUCACUAUGGAGGGCAUGCACCUGUCUAUAUGCAGUACUCACCUGCCUCUCAGGUUAGAGAGAAUCUGACGAGGUUCCAGACACCGAGGGCAGUCGACCCACUGUGCUACCCGUCUUAUUCCGUGGGACCCCCGCCACAGCAGCAAUCUUGGGCGUACAAUUGUGACCCCGUAGAGAACAUCAGCCUGAGGCCUACAGCGCUACAUGCUGACCUUCCCCUUGGCGAACAGUUGCGUGGCGACUGGGGAGGGCCGCAGACAGGACGGUCCAUAUCUCCAGUUGAACAGUUCGAAGCUCCAUCGCAGUAUGGACUGAGCUCUAUAUCUCCGCAGCAAAUCACUGCGAUUCAUGGUGAAGCUGUUACCACAGUCUGGCCGCGAACAGUCGAAGUUCCUGAAGUCUUGCCGGUGGACGCUCAGAAGAAGGACGACCUAGUGAAGCCAGAAGCAAAGGACGAAGGAGAUUCUCUCCAACAGUCUCAUUCCAAAGAAAGCCAAACAGAGCUUAAAGUGAACCAGUUGAAGACUGCCAAAGAAGGCAAAGGUACGCCACGAGGAACUGUUGCAAAGAGAAAAACAGCAGUCAAAAAGGGAUCUCGAGGCCCAGAGAAGUCGCAAUUCGCAGGGCAGGACGACGCGGGCUUGGGUGACACAGUACCUGAGUUGACGAAAUCAGAGUCUGUCGAAAACGCUUUGGAGCCUUCUCAGUCAGAGCUUGAGAAACCAGCGAACGCAGAGCAUGGUGACCACAGCGAUGUCGAGGAGAGGAAACUUGACAAUGAAGGAGCUAGUGGAGAUGCAGCUGCAAGGGGCGACGAACAGGAAACAAAACACAAGCUAGCGGAGGACACACCAAGGCAAGAUGCAGAGGCAAAGGAACCUCUGACUCCUUCAACCGCUGAACCCUUUAUGACUGAGGACAAGAGCUUCAAAAGAACGAACAAAACUUUCCAAGACAAACUUGAAAUUGCGAGUCCACGCUGCGAAAAGGCAAGGAAUGCCGAUGUUUACGCCAUGACGAUGUCUGCACCCCCGGCUGUCGGCGUAGGGCUGACGCUCCCUCUUUCACAGAAAUUUUCAGGGAACCAUUCUCCGGAAUUGUUAUCUGAGAGGUGUGAGCAUGCAAAUGGUAAGAACUGGCCAGUUGGUUAUGUGCCUCCCCCAGAUGAUAAGUACAGGGAGUUGGUGCUCGGCAACCAGGUGUAUCUAGAGGGGGGCACAUUCUACUUGAGUGAGACGGGAGCCUACCUGUUAGGACUAAGGGACUAA